CAUAAGCAGGCGUACUUUCAGAGUAGGCUACUGCACUGAAGAGCUGCGUUCAUUUGAGCCGCACUCGUUACCUUACAGCUUUCAACUGACUGUUUCAACCGUUUCAUCCCAACAUCAUUCCUUCUAAAACAGUGGCUAUAAGAGAGCCGGAUCUGAUGGACAAAGGACAAAUUUAAACACUUCGAUUGAAAAAAAUAUUACUUUGGAUACCAGGGAGCUAAGGACACCAUCAUUCCAGACUUAUACUUGUACAGUACUUGCCCCUCUACUGAGCCACUUGAGAUUCAAAACCCAUACAUCGGACAUCACAAAUAUGAAAAUAAAUACCAAAUAGGAGUACAUCACUAUACAGAAGAUCGUUACAGUGGAAUUAAACACCAUACUUUCACGGGAGGCUAUUGCUGUUGGAUCUGGGAGUUUACAGUCAUGUCUCCAUUCCUGAGGAUUGGUUUUUCGAGUUUUGAGAUGGACCCUGGGCUUGCCUACCAUGAAGAAGUACUCAAUCCAUACUGUGCGGUCUACAUGAAAGAGGCUGUGGAGACUGAAAAGGGUCAGAUGUACAAACAGAAGCGGCCCACCAUGUAUCCCCCCUGGAGCAGCACGUUUGACGCUCACGUCCACAGAGGACGAGUAAUGCAUGUGGUGGUCAAGGACAAGACGGCUGAGCUAAAGACGGAGGCUACUGUUCAACUCGACACCCUCGCUUCACGCUGUAAGAAAGAGAAUGGCAAACUGGAGAUCUGGGUGGAACUGAAGCCACAGGGUCGUUUACUGAUGGAAGCGCGGUAUUUUUUGGAGAGGAGUGACGCUGCCGGUCAUGGUGAAGGAAAUGGAGAAACCGAACGGGAAAAAGAAGGGGUGUUCGCACUGCAUCACAGACGAGGAGCCAUCAAACAGGCCAAAGUUCAUGUGGUCAAAUGUCACGAGUUUACCGCCACCUUUUUCCCUCAGCCGACUUUCUGUUCAGUCUGCAAGGAGUUUGUCUGGGGCCUGAAUAAACAAGGAUAUCAGUGUCGGCAAUGCAAUGCUGCCAUCCAUAAAAAGUGUAUCGACAAAGUCAUCGCCAAAUGCACAGGCUCAGCAGUAAACAGUAAAGAAACCAUGAUCCAUAAGGAACGUUUUAAGAUUGACAUGCCUCACAGGUUUAAAGUGUAUAACUACAUGAGCCCGACAUUCUGUGAGCACUGUGGAACCUUGUUGUGGGGUCUUGCUCGGCAGGGCCUUAAAUGUGAAGAGUGUGGCAUGAACGUUCACCAUAAAUGUCAGAGGAAAGUAGCAAACCUUUGUGGCGUCAACCAGAAGCUAAUGGCAGAGGCCCUGGCUAUGAUUGAGAGCACUCAACAGCAGGCUCGCAGCUCUCGGGAUAAUGAGAUUGCUGGUCGAGAGGGUCCAGUGGGCGUAAGUCAGGCAGGGGUCACUAGAGAGCCUUCAGGCCACUUACCAACAUCACCCCUCACGCCUGCACCACCUCUACCACGCAAAGAGCAUCAAGGUAUUUCAUGGGACACUCCGGCUGAGGGCCGCAGGCCAAGUCUUGAACAAUCUGAACCCCUGUACGCCACCCCACGCAAAGAGCACCACAAAUUCAACCUAGAUAAUUUUACUCUACAUAAGAUGCUGGGCAAGGGAAGCUUUGGAAAGGUAUUCCUGGCUGAGCUGAAAGGCGCAGGGCAGUUUUUUGCAGUAAAGGCCCUGAAGAAAGAUGUUGUUCUGAUGGAUGAUGAUGUUGAAUGCACUAUGGUGGAGAGGAGAGUGCUGUCUCUGGCCUGGGAACACCCCUUCCUCACACACCUCUACUGCACCUUCCAGACCAAGGAAAAUCUUUUCUUCGUGAUGGAGUACUUAAAUGGGGGCGACUUAAUGUUCCACAUCCAGGCCUGCCACAGAUUUGACCUCCCACGGUCCACGUUCUAUGCAGCUGAGAUCGUUUGUGGACUGCAGUUUCUACAUUCUAAAGGCAUUGUGUACAGAGAUCUUAAGCUGGAUAACAUUUUGCUAGACAUCGAUGGUCACAUCAAGAUCCACGAUUUUGGCAUGUGUAAAGAGAACAUUUUUGGAGAAGCUAGAACGUGCACCUUCUGUGGAACACCAGACUACAUCGCUCCUGAGAUUCUGCUUGGGCAGAAAUAUGGGACUUCUGUAGACUGGUGGUCAUUUGGUGUCCUUCUUUAUGAGAUGUUGAUUGGCCAGUCCCCAUUUCAUGGCCAUGACGAGGAAGAGCUGUUUCAGUCGAUUCGCACAGAUGACCCCUGCUACCCACGCUGGUUAACUAGAGACAAACGGGACAUUCUUAUAAAGCUAUUUGUCCGGGAACCAGAGCGAAGGCUGGGUGUGAAAGGAAAUAUACGACAGCAUGCGUUCUUCAGAGACACGGACUGGAACGCACUAGAGAAACGUCAGGUGGAGCCGCCCUUCAGGCCUACUGUGGUAAGUUCAUCACUGCCGUAAAAAAAAGACUGUUGUUCCGUUCCAAAACCUAAUG